AUGGCCGCUGCCUUCACGCCGCGAAAGUUAGAUUGUAAAGAUUUACAUUCAUAUUUGAAGACAUUACCGAGUCCUGUGCUGGAUAGAUUGUACAAUCACCCCGCUACAUGCUUAGCUGUCUUUAGAGAACUGCCUGAUUUGGGACGUCAGUAUGUGAUGAGAACAUUAUUUGUUGAACAACCAGUAUCACAGGCUGUUAUAGGACAGUGGGUUAAUAAUAAAUUCAUUAAUGACCAUAGAUAUGCAUGUAAAGCAUUAACAGAAUUAAGAGUAUGGUAUGAACAGCCUAUACCUGGUGGACAACCUGGAUGGGUAUUGAAUCAAACUUUCAGAAAUAAUACUAGAGUUGCUUUACUAGGAGGAGGAAAACCAUGGAUUGGUGGCAGAUCAACUACAGUCGAUAAAUAUGCUAAAGACAUUUUAUUUUUAGAUAAAUACGCUCAGGAAAGAUGGGAGUGUGUAUUACACUUUAUGGUGGGAUCAUCAGAAGGUAUAGAAGGUGUUAGUAGAGAUAUUAUAGAAGUAUUGAAUAACAGUGGUCUCAUGAGAGUUGAUGCCACAGAUCCUAACCCAACAAUAACACCAGCAGGUUUCCAGUUUCUACUCAUGGAUACAGCAUCUCAAGUCUGGUAUUUUAUGUUACAGUAUUUAGAAACAGUCGAGCAUAGAGGAAUGGAUCUAGUAGAAUGUUUAUCAUUUUUAUUUCAACUCAGUUUCUCUACACUAGGACAGGAUUAUACUACAGAUGGUAUGAGUGAAUCUCAACUCAAAUUUUUACAACAUCUACGAGAGUUUGGUUUAGUUUAUCAACGCAAGAGAAAAUCUCAGCGAUAUUACCCGACGUGUCUGGCUAUAAACUUAGCGUCUGGUUUAUCGAACGUUUCUACAGGGCAGGAAAAAACAGGGUUUAUUAUAGUGGAAACUAAUUAUAGAGUUUACGCUUAUACAGAUUCCCCGUUAAAGAUUGCUCUAUUAGCUAUAUUCUGUGAUAUGUUAUAUAGGUUUCCCACUAUGGUAGUAUGUAAUUUAAGUAGAACAAGUGUACGAGAAGCUUUAAUUAGAGGUAUUACUGCUGAACAGAUCUUAAACUUUUUGCGGUCUCAUGCUCACCCUAAAAUGUUAGCUGAUACUCCAGUAUUACCACCAACUAUAACUGAUCAAGUUAGAUUAUGGGAGUUAGAAAGAGACAGGUUAAAGUUUAAUGAUGGUGUUUUAUAUAGUCAGUUUAAUUCACAAGCAGAUUAUGAAUUACUCAGUGAUUAUGCCAAGGAUUUAGGAGUAUUGGUGUGGGAGAAUGCAACCAAGAGAGUUAUGGUUGUCACUAAAUCUGGUCAUGACGAUGUUAAAAAAUUCUGGAAACGUCAGAAAAACAGCUGA